ACCAGCAGCAGUGGCUGUGCCGAGCAGGCAGCUCGGGAGCCUGGGCACGCACAGAGCUGUUUGCUCUGGGGAGGAAAAGCCAUUAGCUUCCUCAUCUCUCCUGGGAAAACAUCAUCAGGCAGCAAAGAGCAAAGGGAAGAAGUUUUCAGGGCGGCAGAGGACCAGCACUGAAGAGCGAGCAAGGUCACCGGCUGCUGCCAGCUGAGCUCCAGCCUCAGCGAGGUCCUUGCGGGGUGACAGGAGCAGCAGGGAGGCUGCAGCAGCCACCUCCCCGUGACCUUCCGUCCCUGCUGCCACCGCGGAGACCUGGCAGGAGCCGGGCGGCCUCGCUGAACCGGCCAAAAGUCAGCCAGGCGCGAGUGCAGGCGGGCAGCGGCGGCAGCCUCAGCCCCACAGCCGCAUGUCGUGGGGCACAGGGCAGCAGCUGCCCCCCGGGCUCCCCAGGGCCUCGCUGCGGAAAUCAGCCUCGAUGUAUACGGAAAUACAGCGGGAGCGACCAGAUGGUGGGAAUAUCCUGACUCACCCAGACUACAUAGAUGGAAACCCAGACCUCAUCAAACCUAAAAAACUCCUAAAUCCUGUAAAAGCCUCGAAGAGCCAUCAAGAGCUGCACAGGGAGCUGCUGAUGAACCACAAAAGAGGUUUGGGCGUGGAGAGCAAGCCAGAGCUGCAGCGAGUGCUCGAGCACCGACGGCGAGACCUGCUCAUCAAACAGAAGAAGGAAGAGGAAGAGGCAAAGAAAUUGCAGUCUCCUUUUGAAAAAGAGCUAUUAAAGAGGCACCAGAGGCUGGAUCAGCUGGAGAAAGAGCAGGAGAAGCAGGAAGACCGUGCACCAGAAUUCAUUAAAGUCAAGGAAAACCUGAGAAGAACAUCAACGGUGAUAGGGGACGAGAAGGCAGCAUAGCUUCUGCCAAAAGCCAGCGGGAUCCUACCAAGGCCAGCGCCAACACCCCCACUGAAAUCUUUGUACACGGUGGACAUUCCCAGCCACACCAUCGGGGCUACUUGCGGUUAUUAACACUUGCUCCAGUAGAAGGCACAGAAAAGGUUUUCCCAGACCAGGAGGGAAGCACUGUGGAAAAAGUGCAGUAUUCACCAAAGUACUCACACAAGUGGAUGUAGAGAGAACAGUGUUAUUUUUCCCCCAGACUGUGGGUGCACUCUAACCACCAGCUAACUCUUGGUUAAUUCUAGAGACACAGCAAAUAUUUAAAAUGGGGAAGUCUGUGUAGGAACAGCUUGGGGGAACCCCUGCUUCUUCCUGGAGGCAGGUUUGCCAGGCACAAGGGGACAAGAGGGCAGCUGCAGCUCUGGAGAGCCCUCCUAGAAACCUGGUAACUAAAAGGGACAACCUGUGUAUUACUGAGAACAGCCCAGGUGACCAUAAUGGCUUUCCCAAAGGUCACUGGCUUUGCACCAGUGUGCCAGUCAAGCGUGGCUGAGGCUGUGUCUCAGCAGCACACCUGUACUAUCAGAAAACCAACUGCUGUGUGUCCUUACCAGCGCAGCACAGGCAGGUGCAGUUGUACUUCACAAGCAGUUCCAUGCUCAGGCAGAAAAUACAUUGGGCUGUUCCAUCAACACCCCAGGUGGAAGGUAAAUGCUCUGUGCAGGAAGCAAAGGCUGGGUGUUCCCAGCAUGGGUGUCCAUGGAAGUGUGCAGUGACCAGGCAGCAGAUCCCUGUGGAUGCAGCAGACAGACAAAGUGCUUCUUGCCCCUGCACUACUGAGCUUCACCCCCUUGCCCAGCAGCUGGACAUGUGCUACCAUAGGACUCACCAGAAAUGCCCUGUAAUGGAGAGGGGGUGAUGUGGUCGUGUCCCACCAGUUCCAAGCUGUCCUGUUAAGCACCCUGCUGCUGCCUGUAGGCACCAGGGGUUACAGGGCAUGUAGGUCCUGAUGCAAAACUACUUGUGUCAGUGCUUCUCAUCCCCUUGUCCAGAGGUUAGAGCUGCCUCAUUGCAGUUGCCACUUUACAAUGCUAAAAUUCUUCUUGCUGCUGGUAUAGCCAAGCUGAGGUGGAUGGUGCAUAUGCACCCUGUAUGGACAGAGCCUGUCACACUUACAGGGCACCUGCGCCCUGGGAUAUCCAUAUGUAGAGCUAGAAGUGUGUUUUCAGGAAUAUCUCAGCUUCUUGCUUCUCACAUCAACCCUGAUACAAAGCCUGAACAGCAUAACUCACCGACUGCCUUUGGACACUGGCUCUUGAACAGCCUCAGCAGACCUCGUCAGCUGAGCAGGUCAUACCUGGUUAGUCAACAUUUAUUAUCCACAUCUUCAGUGGAUCUAGAUGUAACUUAAGGGAAACUGGGAAAUUAUACAUAUUUAUAAAAAAGUUACUAAUCCAUUCUCUAGUCUCCUGGUCAGUGGGAGUUUCAUUUCAGAGGGCUGUUGCUUGAUGUGGCGUCUUGAGUAAAACAUCUGAGCCACAUCACAUGUCAAGAGCAGUGAUACAGGUAUGGAACUUCUGUGACAGACUGGACAAUAAAAGCCCUUAACUCAGCUUCAGUCCUUGAGCACCCCAUCUCAUGGCACUGCCUCUGCUGUAGUUUUUAAGGCCCUUGCUCAUAUGCUUAUUCUAAACAUGAUUUUAUUUCAGAAAUCCAGUGCAUAUUGUCACUAUGGGUCAAACAAGGUUUGAAAAGGUCUAUUAAUGGCCUUUCCAACUGGUAAAAGCUUUUUUAUAGGUCAUGAUUAAAACCAUAAUGAAGAAGCAGUAUCCAGUAUUUUUUUCAUGGAAGAAAAAAAAAAAGCCAAAUUUCUCCAAGGAUAAAAGUGUUGCUAAGGAUGCUUGUAUAUAGCUGUAAAGAAUGUUGCAUGAUACUCAGUAGGUAACAUUGGUGUGAGUAACAAGCCAGAAUUACUGUGCUGAGGUUUUGCAAGGAGUUAUGGCACAGAUUAAGUAACCUUGAUCAAAGAGCUCAAAAAAUUCAGCAAAUUAAUUAGCAAUUUUGCCACAGAUGGAAAUGCACUCCAGGAGAGGCAAUCUGUCGCUCCAUAUGCACCAAUGAAAUUCAUGUUAUCAGCUCACCCUGGCUGGGACAGAGGUAUUUAUGCAAGCCCUCAGGUGGGAGCCAUCCAGUAAGGUCAGCAAUGAAGAAGCAGAAAGGAUUUUGCUGCUCUUCUUAAGUAUUCAAAUAUUACCUGGAGGGGAAAAAUAAAUGAAGGUGUCUCCCUUUGAUGUGAUGUCCACCAAGCACAGAGAGGGGCUGCACACAACACAGUCCAUUGUGGCUAAGGCGUGUCUGGGUCAUUUCCAGCAGGUGUCCAAAGGGUGAGGGAGGGCCAGGUCACACUGUCCUAACUCAGGCUGGGCUAGCAGAGUCAGAAGAAAUCCUUCAGGCAGUGGAGCAACAGCAGAAAGCCCCGACCCAGCUGCCCAUCAAGACCCCACAGGCUGUGAGCCGGGACACACCAGCAGGGGCAGCCAGCACAGGCAGCACCCUGGGGCACACAGCAGGGCAGACAGACCCUGACCACAGCUCCAGGCUCCAGCCCUCGGAGAUGGCACAUGGGAAAUGAUCUUUUUACUGUUGAAGUAUUGGUUUAAACAUCACAGCAUUUUCUGGCACAGCUCCUGUCACCCCUCUGAACCAAUAACCCCCAGCUGGGCUCAGACACAGAACCCGUACAACUUUCACCGGUGCUCUUGUGCUUCAUGGAACAGCAGUGAGGAGGUGGCACCCUAAAAAAAUCAGUGUAGGUAUCAUCAGGAAGAUUCUGUGGUAUCUUUGUGUCUCUAUUUCUUUUGCAUUAUUCUUUUCCCUAUGCCCCUAAAGCACACUCCUGAAUAAAACUGGUGUAUCCAGAAGAUACAGGUUGUCAGAGUAUUGAUGGAAGACAGUUUUUUGCACUGUGUAUGUUGCUUCUGUGGUAUAUAGUCUAUAUUCUGUGUUGGUGCUUAUACAUUUAUAUAAAACUAUAUGUUAUGCACCUCUACUGAAUUAACUCACUGUUUAAUGUGGACACUUCUGAAGAAAUAAACUAAAUGAUAAUUGUAUAUUUUGCUCUUUUCCACAAGGAACUGAAAAAGCUCCAAGGAUACAAACAGACAACAGCCAAAUAAACUGAAUGAACAUAAAAAACA